AUGUUCCCAAAAAGAAAAAAAGUGAUUACACCAUUAGCUCCUAAAACUUCAGCUUCUAAAAUGUUAGCACCUAAGCCUUUAGCUUCAAAACCUUUAGUGGCUAACCCUUUGCCUUCUGAAACUUUGCCUUCGGCCAUCCAUCCUUCUCCUUUAUCAAAUUUAGCAAACAAUUUAUUGUUACAACAAUGGCAAUUCCCUACUACACAACUUCAGAUUUCAUUAUCUCAGCUUUCUUUAAAUAUUUCAUGUGAUCAAGAAAAUUCUUCGGCUCUUGAUCCUAUAGCUAUUAAUCCAAGUUCUGCCACUAUUUCCACUACCUCAACAGAAACCCGCAUGCUUAUUAAUGAAGUAGGAAGAUAUCAAGAAAAGUUAAAAAAUGAAUUUUUUGACGAUAUGGAUAUAUUUUUAAGAAAGGAUCCCAGUGUAACUGCACCUAUUACAAGCGAUUCAAUCCACGAAAUUAAGUGUAAAAUGCAGGAGAGCAUUGAAGAUCAAGAUGCCGAUGAGAGUGAAGUAAAAAAACAAAAAGGCACACGCAAUAAAGAAAAAUCAAAUAUUGAAGAAAUUCGAGCUCUUAUUAAGAAUCAAACAGAUGUUAUUUUAAAAAUUAUUAGAGAUCAGUAUAUGCAUGCUUUUGAGCACCCAAAUGCAUGUUCAAUAACCAUCCUUAUUGAUGAUAAAACUUUAUUAAAACGUUUUUCUCGUUGUGUUAGUGCGUAA